UAUGCGUCGCCACGUUCUUCCCGGACGUCCGACGUGCUGACGCAUAUGCGGGUCAUUGGCUGCCUUCAGUGGUGCCCCACCCAUCGACCUGGACUAGCGGUGGGAGAAUAACGGAAGGCUACCGUGUCGCUCGAACCCCACUCUCCCGGAAAAGGAGCUCCUGAGUAGCCCCGCCCUCCACCUGCCUCGGCCCGUCUUCCCUGCUUGGCCGGAGGGCUCCUGACGACAGAUCCACCAUGUCUUACGGGAAGACAGACGCCUAUCACUCGCAGCCACGGGACUUUGGCUCCCUCAUUCAGACAUGCAGCGUGAACAUCCUGAAGAUCACGCAGAACACUGCCCAGAUUAAGAGCAUGUUGUACCAGCUUGGGACAAAGCAGGACACUGCUGAACUGCACGACAAGCUGCAGCAGGUACAGCACCAUACCAACCAGCUGGCCAAGGACACCAACCGGUACCUGAAGGAACUGGGCUCCCUGCCGCAGCCAUCCUCCCCCUCAGAGCAGCGUCAGCAGAAGAUCCAGAAGGAUCGCUUGAUGAACGACUUCUCUGCUGCGCUCAACAGCUUUCAGGUGCUGCAGCGACGGGCAGCAGAGAAGGAGAAGGAGUCAGUGGCUCGUGCCCGGGCCGGGUCCCGCCUCUCUGCCGAAGACCGCGAUGAACAGCUUGUCUCGUUUGAGAAUGAUGACUGGGGCCAGCAGGGCCAGGCCCAGACAGAGGAGCCCCCUAUUACUGAGGAGGACCUGGAGCUCAUCAAGGAACGGGAGACCAGCCUUCGCCAGCUGGAGUCGGACAUAUUGGAUGUGAACCAGAUCUUCAAGGAUUUAGCCGUGAUGAUCCACGACCAGGGAGAAAUGAUCGACAGCAUCGAGGCCAACGUGGAGAGCGCAGAGGUCCACGUGGAGCGGGGCGCGGAGCAGCUGCAAAGGGCAGCUUACUAUCAGAAAAAGUCCCGCAAGAAGAUGUGCAUCCUAGCCCUGGUGCUGUCCUUGGUCGUCGCCAUCCUGGCUCUCAUUAUCUGGCUGGCCGCUAAAUGAGGCCAAACCUGCCGUCUCUGUCCCCGGAGGAGUGGGCUGGCCUGGGGGGGGGCUCCUCCUCCUGGUGCUGUCCCAUUAGAACCACAGUGAUUCUCUUAUGUAUUUAUACCCCCUGAAGGAGAUGAUGGUAAAAAUGAGCUUUGGGCUGUAAUUAGACAUUGCCCCCCCCCCCCCCCCCCCCCCCCCCCCAUCAGUCCCACCUACUUACUGCACUAACACUAAACUGUAUGUAUUUCACUUUGAAAACAGAGUUGUCUUCUAUUGGUGCAGGUGUGUGUUUUGCAGGAGAAUAUUUGUCUGUGACUGUCCGUCUGGUUCUCAUGUGUGUUGGAGACCUGCAUCCCUCGGUUCGGGCCUAUAUUAGCCCUACAUAUUAUACGUUUGAACUUUAGGUUCAAAUGAGUGACGCAUUUCAAUUAUGACAUUUGAUUUUAUUAUCAAAUGUAAUGGCUCUGGGACGCACUCCAGUGACGCAGUGCUUUGAAAUCUGUUUAAUAGUGGUAAAUAUGAGUGCUAGAACAAAGCUGGCUGUCGCUUUGAUAUUUUUACUUAAUUUAUGUUAUCCUACUUUUUAGAAAAAGCUACACAUAAUGUGAAAGUAAGGGUAUGCUUCUUCACUUUAACCCAUUAAUAUAAUAGAAUGUAAUGUACUGAAGAGCGAGUCUGGGGGCAGGAAUGCAGUGGCACGUCCUGUAACUGGCCGCUGGGUGAGCGUGGCACGAUGCUUGCUGUCAGCCUGGUAAAAAGGGUUUUUAAUAAAACAUUCUUCAUUAUGGAGCUUUA